AUGGCGAUACCAUUCGCCGCCGCCGCCGCCGCCGCCGCUGCUGCUGUCACGUUGGACGACAAGUUCCAGAAUCUAGAUGAUGAAGCCGUGUACACUCGCGUCAAGGCCGAGGCUGCCAACGACAAGGCUCUCAACUUUGUCGUCGAGUUCAACCUCCACGAGGCCUUCAUCGCCUUCAAUCUGACCUCUGAUGAUUUCGACCAGCUCGCCACCCGAAAGCGCAAAGACGACAUGGUGCGAUGGAUCAAUAUCUGGUCACCGAGCAUGCAGAAACCAGCCGUGGAACGCAUCGGCGCCCAGUACGGGUUCUCCAGGAGACUUCUCGCCAUCAUGACGGCUCCGGCCUUGUCAUUCAUCAAGCAGCAGGCCAACGCGACGCAGGUGUCACCGCAAGGUAGCGAUGUUGAGAAGGGGUCGUUGUCUGACGGCCUCGGACUUCCACCACCAGGACAGACGCAGGCGCAAGUGUUGGAGGAGCUUCAGAUCUACCAACUCGUGAAGGAGACGGUCAAUUACACCUCCAUUGACCAGGGGAAGGACUUCCUCUGCAUCGGUGCUAACUGGUUGCACACCCGGCCACAUUCUAAAGCCACCGAACAUAGUCCAAGUCUGUUACCGCCCAGACACUGGUCAUGGCUUGCCCUCAGCUCCGACUCCGUCGUGGUAUCUUUCCACGAGACGCCAUCGUCAGAAUACCCCGAAGACGAAGAAUGGUCCAUGGCAGAACUCGUCAAUACGAGAUCCAACACCACCAGCGUUUUGUGCCAACUAUCCAAGCACGGCGUAGAAGAUUUCGAACGAAGGCUUCUCUCGCUGAAGCCGGUCAGGCAGGCGAUGCCUCGCCAAGGACUCGGCAGCAACACUGCCUGCGAGGGCUCGAGUAAUCUUUUCUAUUAUCUUUUCGAGGAUUAUUCAUCGGCCCUGCCAGUUUUAAGAACUUCCAAGCAAGAGCUGGGUCGACUGAGCGAUCAAAUCUUGAAGCCGAGUCGAAGAACCAAGAUUAAGACAGGGGAGAUUAUUGAAUCACUACAUACUCUGAGAAAGGAGCUCAGCCAACUCCAACACUUGUUUGAGGGUUAUAAAAGCCUCAUCAAGCGUAUCUGUUGGUCGCCUCGGUCCCUAGAUGCCUGUCACGAGGGUCAAUGCGGACGCCUAGAGUUAUCUGGAAAUAUGUUCGGCGAGGUAAAUAUAUCGUCGUCAGCAAGAAGUCGCUUCGAGCGCCUUGGAGACAGACUGCAACUGUUGAUGCUCAACACAAUCCAAGAGUAUCUAGACGAGCAAAACGCACUCUCGAACACGUAUUUCAACCUCACGGCCCAAAGGGACUCGCAGGCGACUGCACGCCUGAGCAGGAGCGCUACCGUACUAGCCAAGCUGAGCGUCUUCUUUCUCCCCAUAACAUUCAUGACCAGCUAUUUCUCUGUAGAGAUACCCGAUCUGGUGGAACACUACACCCCCAAGAUGUACUGGGUCUGUUUUGCCGUGAUUGCCGGAAUCUCCUUCAUUAGUCUUUUCUUUUUCAGUCGCAUGAUUGAGAUCCUCAGCGAUGUGCUCGAGGCUUGGGCCCACACCGCGGUGCGAAGCACCCGGCGUUUUGUUGGACUACGUGUACAAGAUGAUAGAGACGAACAUUAA